AUGAAAAAUGAUCAUAUAAGUAAAAAUAAAAUGAUAAAUAUGCUCAAUUCAUUGAAACUCUAUUUUAUGAAUAUUGAACGAUAUCCAAUAUAUAUACUUCAUGAAAAAGAUUUAUUAAAAGAAUAUAAAAACGAGAUAAAAACAUGUUUUAAAUAUACGUUGAACAUAGAAUUUAUUGAAAUAGAGUUUAAUUUAACAAGCAAAUACAAUGUCUCAAAUAAUCAGUUUAUGCCUGAUAUAAAACGAACAUAUGGUUAUCAAGCAAUGUGUCAAUUUUGGUCCUAUGAUCUUUUUUUCUCAAUGAAUAUAGUUCGAAAUAAAUACGAUUAUGUUAUGCGUUUAGAUGAUGAUUCUUAUUUAACAAAUUCAUCUGAAUAUGAUUUAUUUGAAAAAUUUUUUGAAUUAAAUUUGGAUUAUGUUUAUCGACUAUUAUAUUUUGACGAUAAUGGAUUAUCAUAUUUGAAAAAGAAUUUAAAAGAAUUUAUUCCACAAAAUGGAACAAUAAUUCAAAAUCGUAGAUGUAUUAAUGCAAUGUGUACUAAUUUGGACGAUUAUCAUGGAAUGGCAAUAUAUAAUAACUUUUUUAUAUUAAAACUAAACUUUCUGUAUAGUAAUGAAAUAAUUGAACUAUAUUUGAAACAAUUGAUUGAUAAACAUUAUUUUUAUUUGUAUCCAAUUGGUGAUGCAAAUAUUCAUGCUAUUCUACUACUUUUAGUUAAAAAUACAAAAACACAAUAUUUUAUAUUUCCAUACAAUCACAAUGUUCAUGGUGCAGCAGAUAUGUAUGCAACAUACGUAUUUUUCUCAAACUCGCUUAUGUGGUUUGAAUAUAUGAAAAGAUUUAGAAAUAAUUCAUGUCGAAAUUUAAUUAUAGCAACAAAACGGAUAGUCAAAAUAAUCGAUACACGUGCAAAUAUUGAAAAAAUAUUUUUAACUUGA